UGAAUUUAAGUUGAAGAACUUGAUACUAAUACUUACCAUCAUAUUUGGUUCAUCUACUCUGUCAAUAACAACCAUUGCCUUAUGCCAUAUAUAAAUAAAAUCUUAUUGCAACAUUUCUCACCAUCCAACUCAACUUUCUUCUCUUUUUUCUGUUUCCAUUCAUUAUUGAUCUAACGCAUUAAAUAAUAAUAACCAUUUUUUUGAAACAAAAUAAUAAUAAUAAUCAUGUCACCAACAAAUUGGACAAUUUUGGUCAUUUUGUGCUGUGCCAUCUCAUUUACCAUCGCUUCUGAUCCUGAUACACUUCAAGACCUUUGUGUAGCUCUUCCAUCUUCAGGUGUUAAGGUGAAUGGAUUUGCUUGCAAGGAAGAGUCAAAUGUAACAGCAGUUGAUUUCUUCUUUGAUGGUUUAGCAAACCCUAAAGUUGUCAACAACACAGUAGGAUCUUUGGUUACUGCAGCAAAUGUUGACAAAAUUCCAGGACUCAACACAUUAGGGGUGUCUUUAUCAAGAAUAGACUACAAACCUAAAGGUCUUAACCCACCACACACACACCCUCGUGCCACUGAGGUUGUUUUUGUGUUGGAAGGUGAAUUAGAUGUAGGUUUUAUCACCACAUCAAACAAACUCAUUUCUAAGUCCAUAAAAAAAGGUGAAAUCUUUGUGUUCCCAAAAGGAUUGGUGCAUUAUCAGAAGAAUAAUGGGGAUAAAGCUGCUUCUGUGAUUUCUGCUUUUAAUAGUCAACUUCCUGGUACUUUGUCAAUUGUUUCAUCUCUGUUUGACUCUACACCAACUGUUCCUGAUGAUGUUCUUGCUCAGGCCUUUCAGAUUGAUGCUAAACAGGUUGAUGAAAUAAAGACAAAGGUUGCUCCUAAGAAGACUUAAUUUAUAAUGUUCAAGAGGGGAAAAAAGUUCAGUGUUUUGACUGUUUUCAAUCAUUUUUACUUUCUAUUUUUGAAAAUAAUUCUUGAAGGGUUAUGAUGAUUAUUGUAUUUGUACCAUUUAUUAUGGUGUUACAUAUAGUAAGUACGUGUUGAACUGUUGAUGAUAUUAAUAAUAAUAAUGCAAAUUCUAUGAA